AUGGAGUGUCCACCUACAAGUCAACGCCCCUGUUCACAUAUUGCCCAGAUGGCAGGGUGGUCCUCUGUUUAUGACAUCCUUCCUCAUCCUACUUAUUUUCCUGACUUUGCACCAUUUGACCUUCACCUCUUUCCGUCCAUGAAGUCAUUUUUUGAAGGGCAAAAACUGACUGCAGACUUCUACAAGCGAGGAGUCGACAGCUGCAUAAAACGCUGGGAGAAGUGUGUCACUCUUCGUGGAACUUAUGUAGAAAAAGACUAA